AUGAUGUGUGUAAAGAGUUCCAUACACAAUCAAAGAAUUGUGCUCGGAAAGAGACCAGAGGUUGUCAAAAGAGUUCACUUUGACUCUGAUAAUGAUUCCGAAACAGAGUCUUCAGAACUUGCUGUUCGAGCAUUAAAUAGGAGACAGACUCCAUCUUCUGAUUGGCAGUCUUCAGUUGAGUCACGUCUUAAAAGAACUGAACAGGACAUUGGUAACAUUAAAGAUGAUGUUUCAAAAAUUCUGAUGGCUGUUUCCAGACAAUCGAUUGGUAGUCCAAAUCGGAGGUCCAUAUCACCAGGAAGAAGCCCAGAUAGGUCUAAUGACGAGUGUUUCCGUUGUCAUGAAAAAGGGCACUAUGCAAGGAAUUGCCCUAAUACCACAGCUGUGGCUAGAAUUCCAAGGUCACCAUCGCCAAAGCCAACUGAAAGAGAUCAACAUUUAAACUCUCAAUGA